AUGAUAAAGACAAAAGCAUCGCUGUUAAAGGAGAAAGAGCAGAAUGUGGUAAAAGAAUUCAAAGCGGUUAAAUUUGAAGGACUUAAGAGACUCCCGAAGACAAAACCCCCACAAAGUUACAAUAAUAAAAAUAAAGAUACAGAUGAUGAAGAAUUUGAUGCAAUAUUUGGUGAUGGUCCACGAAAGAGGCCUAAAAAGGAUAAAAAUGAAGUGACAUUUGAUAAAGCUAGACGAGAAAUAUUGAAUUUAGGAAUAUCAGGUGCAAAUGCAACAGAUCAAUCAGAUCAGAUUACGCAGCUUUUAGUUAAAUUAGGUGCUAAACCUCCGAAAAGACAGGCACGGAAUUAUAAGGAGAUAUUAGAUGAGAGAAAAAAGAUGAAGGAUGAAGACUCGAAGAUCAAUAAACGAGCUAUUUUUGGAACAUCCGCAUCACUUCAAUAUCGCGGUCAAAAAAAGACUUCGAGGAAUGAUGGACUUUUGAGAAGUUACGGACGAGUUGAUAAGGAAAGUAUAAAGAAAAUGCAGCAAAAGGAUCUAGGAAAAAGGAAACGGAAAUAA